GAGCCUGGUGGCAGCGCAGGGCGGCGGGGUGCGCGAAGCAGACCCGGCGGCCGCGGCUCUUCGGCGCUCGGCCCAGCACCUGCUGCCCUCGCCCGGCCCCGGGCGCCGCUGCCAUGCGGCUGGCGCUGCUCUGGGCCCUGGGACUCCUGGGCGCGGGCAGCCCUCUGCCCUCCCGGCCGCUCCCAGAUACAGGUGGCACUGAGGAGGAGCAAGGAAGGCCGGAGAGAAGGAUCUUGGAGCCCCAGAUCCUUCAGGACAACCUGACAUUCAGCCUAGCAGAGGUGCUUCAGACCAGUCUGCCUGAGGCUUUGCGGAUCAAAUUGGAAUUGGAUGGUGAGAGUCAUAUCCUGGAGCUGCUACAGAAUAGGGAACUAGUCCCAGGCCACCCAACCCUGGUGUGGUACCAGCCUGAUGGCACCCGGGUGGUCAGUGAGGGACAUACUCUGGAGCACUGCUGCUACGAAGGAGGAGUGCAGGGCCAUGCCAACUCCUGGGUCUCCCUCUGCACCUGCUCAGGCCUCAGGGGCUUGGUGAUUCUGUCGCCAGAGAGAAGCUACGCCCUGGAGCUGAGGCCUGGGGACCUUCAGGGUCCCCCCAUCAUCUCCCGGAUCCAAGACCUCCUCCUGCCAGGCCACACUUGUGCCCUAAGCAGGCGUGCAUCUGUGUCCACUCGGGUUCCACCAGAGCGCCACCUGGGACGGAACCACAGUCACCGGCGGAGGCGGGAUGUAGUGACAGAGACCAAGAUUGUUGAGCUGGUGAUUGUAGCUGAUCAUUCCGAGGUCCAGAAGUACCAGGACUUCCAGUACCUGCUGAACCGCACACUGGAAGUGGCUGUCCUCCUGGACACAUUCUUCCGGCCCCUGAAUGUCCGGGUGGCGUUAGUGGGCCUGGAGGCCUGGACCCAGCGCGACCUGGUAGAGAUAAACCAGGACCCAGGUCUCACACUAAACAGCUUCCUCCGCUGGCGCCAGGUGGACCUGCUGCCUCGAUUGCCCCACGACAGUGCCCAGCUGGUGACUGCUACUUCAUUCUCUGGGCCCGUGGUGGGCAUGGCCAUUCAGAACUCCAUCUGUUCUCCUGAAUUCUCAGGAGGCGUGAACAUGGACCACUCCACAAGCAUCCUGGGAGUUGCUUCCUCGAUAGCCCAUGAGUUGGGCCACAGCCUGGGUCUGGACCACGACUCCCCUGGGAACAGCUGCCCCUGUCCAGGCCCAGCCCCAGCCAAGAGCUGCAUCAUGGAGGCCUCCACAGACUUCCUGCCAGGCUUGAACUUCAGCAACUGCAGCCGCCAGGCCCUGGAGAAAGCCCUCUUGGAUGGGAUGGGCAGCUGCCUCUUUGAACAGCUGCCCGGCCUGCCCUCUAUGGCCAAAGGCUGUGGAAACAUGUUUGUGGACCCGGGCGAGCAGUGCGACUGUGGCUUCGCUGAUGAGUGCACUGAUCCCUGCUGUAAUUACCUCACCUGCCAGCUGAGGCCAGGGGCACAGUGUGCAUCCAAUGGACCCUGCUGUCAAAACUGCCAGCUGCGCCCGGCUGGCUGGCAGUGCCGCCCUCCCAGAGGUGACUGUGACUUGCCUGAGUUCUGCCCAGGAGACAGCUCCCAGUGCCCCCCUGACAUCAGCCUGGGGGACGGUGAGCCAUGUGCUGGUGGACUGGCCGUGUGCAUGGAAGGGCGUUGUGCUUCCUACGCCCAGCAGUGCCAGGCUCUCUGGGGACCUGGGGCCCAGCCGGCCACACCACUUUGCCUCCUUACUGCCAACACUCGGGGAGAUGCCUUUGGGAACUGUGGGCGCAGCCCUAAUGGCAGCUACAUGUCCUGUGCCACUAGAGAUGCCAUUUGUGGGCAACUCCAGUGCCAGGGGGGUAUGGCCCAGCCUCUGCUGGGCUCAGCCCAAGAUCUGCACUGGGAGACACUGGAAGCCAAUGGGACCCAGCUGAAUUGCAGCUGGGUACACCUGGACCUGGGCAACGAUGUGGCUCAGCCCCUCCUGACUCUUCCUGGCACAGCCUGUGGCCCUGGCCUGGUGUGUCUCAACCGUCGAUGCCAGCCCGUGGAUCUCCUGGGAGCACAGGAAUGUCGGAGGAAAUGCCAUGGACAUGGGGUCUGCGACAGCAAUAGGCAUUGCCACUGUGAGGAGGGCUGGGCGCCCCCUGACUGCACCACCCAGAUCAGAGCAACCAGCUCCCUGACCACAGGGCUGCCCCUCAGCCUCCUGUUGAUGGUGGUCCUGGUGCUGCUUGGUGCCAGCUACUGGCACCGUGCCCGCCUGCGCCAGCGACUCUGCCAACUCAAGGGACCCAGCUGCCAAUACAGGGCAGCCCAAUCUGGUCCUCCAGAACGCCCAGGACCCCCGCAGAGGGCCCUGCUGAUCUCAGGCGCCAAGACUAGUGCUCUUGGCUUCCCGGCCCCCCCCUCCAGGCCGCUGCCUCCAGACCCUGUGCCCAAGAGACUCCAGGCUGAGCUGGCUGACCGACCCAAUCCCCCCACUCGCCCUCUGCCCGUUGACCCAGUCGUGAGGCGCUCGAAGUCUCAGGGGCCUGUCAAGCCCCCACCCCCGAGGAAGCCACUGCCUGCUGACCCCCAGGGCCAGCGCCCUUUGGGUGACCUGCCUGGCCCAGGAGCUGGAAUCCUGCCCCUAGUUUUACCCUCCAGGCCUGCCCCGCCGCCCCCAGCAGUGUCCUCGCUCUACCUCUGACCUCUCCUGAGGUUUCGCUGCCUCCAACCUGAAUUUAGGACUUCAAGAGGGGGACCUGUCCCCUGCGGUCCCCCGCGAUGACCCAAGGAGCCAGAGCCUGGAUGUGACGGAGCAGGCGUCUUAAGACACCGGGCACCUCCUUGCGCUGUCGAGUUGCAGCUAGGAGUUGGGGAGGGACUGGGCGCUGGACAGGGCUGAGGGAGGGGCGCACAGCCUGUCUCUGCUCAGUUGCAAUAAACGUGAGAUCUUGGGA